AUGUCGGGCAGCGGCGUGUCGAGCGGCCCGGUGAGCCAGGUCUGCCGGCCGCACUUUCAUAGUUCGGUUCUUCCGUGGCUGUCCGGCAGCAGCGCGGACACCUCGAAGACACCCUGGGGAUUUCCCGCAACGACGGCGACCACGGGCGGUACCGUGAGCGACGAGAAGCCGCAGAGUCCCCUGGGAUCCUCGCUGCCGCCCACAUCAGGAAGUCUGUCGAGUCACGGUGGCGGCGGUACCGGCCAUCAUCUCUUCUCCUUUCCGCCAACGCCGCCCAAGGAUGCUACUCCCGAUAGCAUAACCGCCAGCACAACCUCUAGUACGAAUAAUAACAACAAUAACUCCACGAGCGCCAACAACAAUAAUAAUAACAGUGGCAACCCUCUCUCCGGACUAGCCGGUGGUACCACCAGCGAGUACCAAGCGGCGGUCGCUCAUGCGGCUGUGAUGGGCGCGUUCAUGCACCACCAAGAUGCGCUAGGGGCGUCCGGUGCGAGCUCGUGUGACAUCAAGCCGGCGGUGAUGCUCGGCCAUCAUCACGGAGCGCCUUCGCCGCCGCAUCAGCAGCACAACGGCUCGAACAAUGGCAGCAACGGUCCAACCGGUGCGAAUGGCUCGUCGGCCGGUCAGGUGAAACAGCGAGAAGAAGGUCGCGAGUGCGUGAAUUGCGGCGCUACUUCGACACCUCUCUGGAGACGGGACGGCACCGGCCACUAUCUGUGCAACGCCUGUGGACUUUAUUACAAAAUGAACGGCCAGAAUCGACCUCUCAUCAAGCCGAAACGACGCCUUUCGCUGCAGAGUGCGGCGAGACGGGCGGGCACCAGCUGCGCCAACUGCAAGACGGCGACCACGACUCUCUGGCGGAGGAACCAGGCCGGCGAGCCGGUCUGCAACGCCUGCGGACUCUACUACAAGUUGCACAACGUCAACCGGCCGUUAACGAUGAAGAAGGAGGGCAUUCAGACGAGAAACAGAAAGCUCUCGUCGAAGAGCAAGAAGAAGAAGGCCGGCGGCUGCCUAGGCCUCGGUGGUGUCAUGGGCGACAUGAUCAAGGCCAGCGGACACCUCGAUCUCGAUAACAAGCCCUUCCAUUCCGGGUUUGGAACGCCGAUGGGUACGUCGCAGCAUCAUCACACGAUGCAUCCGGCGAUGCAGCAUUACAUGUAUCACACGGGCGUCGGCGUGGCCGGAGGUCUUCAUCAGGGAUUUGCGCCACCGGCGCCGCCCCCCAUCCACCACCCGCACUCGCAUUCGCAUUCCCAUUCUCAUCACAUGACGAGUCUUCAGGGUCUACAGCUGGCCGCCACGACGAACGCAAUGACCGGCUGGCGAUCGGAGUACACAUGAAUCGCGAGUGACUAGCAGCUCAGGACGCAGCCCACCACUGUCUCGUUUUAAUGUAAAAAA